UAAUAUUACAUCUCCUAAAGUUGGAAGCAAUAAAGAAUCGUUCACAUUAUACCUACCAUCUCAAAAAUGGAAGCAAUCAACGACCUUUCUUUCAAAAACCUUCCACUACCUAUAUGAACUUUCGGACCUUCCCACGGUCUUCUCCUCUUUGUUCCUCCACCACAACAGGACCAUGACAAACCUCAAAAUCACCAAAAAACAUCACAUACACCUCAAUAAUCCUUUCCCUUCACCCCCAACUUCAUUUCCUUUACUUCAGGGGGAACUCUCUGCAAAUUUUCAAGUACUUUCUUCUUACAAAUUCUUCUCAAUCGGAAAGGAUUUUCAGCUUCUAUGGAGGUCCGAUAAUGGUGGCUCUCUCUCAAUUUAUCAUCUCUCUGACCCCACUAGAUCAAUCUGGUCAACAAUCUCAGGUCAAGCUUUUGUAUCUGCAGCAAUGGUGGAAACUGAGGUGGAAGAAAGUCGAGGAUCGUUUGCCGUGAAAGAUGGGGCUGUUCAUUUGAUUUGUAAUCAUCAAACAAUUGAUGAUAUCAAGGAGAUCAAUGGCUGUGAUCAUGAGUUGGAGGUUAAAGAACAUCAUUUUCCAUCUGGGUAUUUGGGACUGGACCUGAAAAACUAUGAGAAAGAAGAUGCUCGGUUUCCUAUGUUGCUGAUUAGUGGAAGAAUAUUCAAUACUGAGAGGAAGAAGAUGAUGAAGAAGAAGAACAAGCUUCAAGAAACUAGUUUCAAUGGUGAUGUAAAAUGUAACUCGAAAGUUCUUUCUGCUUCUGCAAGGUAUUGGCUAUUGUUUGAACAGAAAAGCAGCAGCCAAAUUGGAUUUCAAGUGAUGCUUGGCCAACCUAGCUAUGAAUAUCGCCAAAUAGCUCAUUCAAGAGGGGGUUUCAACCGGCUUAAGUUUCGAUGGCAUCGGUUGAGGAAAAGAAAAUUUGAAUGGCGUUGGUCUUUGACAAAACUGAAAGGGUUUGUUAGAGUUUGUUCUUCAGAAGAGGAAAUGGAAGUUUUGAGAGCAGCUGAGGAAUUUGAAGCAUUCAACAGAGCAUGUUUGACCUAUUCAAGUGAAGAGAAGGAAAGAUUCUUUGGUUUUGGAGAGCAAUUCUCUCAUAUGGACUUCAAGGGAAAAAGAGUACCAAUCUUUGUUCAAGAACAGGGGAUUGGUAGAGGAGAUCAACCUAUAACUUUUGCAGCCAAUCUAGUUAGUUACAGGGCUGGAGGUGAUUGGAGUACUACAUAUGCUCCUUCUCCAUUUUACAUGACAUCCAAAAUGAGGUCUCUGUACCUUGAAGGAUAUGAGUACUCUAUAUUUGAUCUGACAAAGAAUGAUAGAGUUCAGAUUCAGAUUCAUGGAAAUUCAAUUCAAGGAAGGAUAUUGCAUGGGAACUCACCUUCAGAGCUUAUCGAAUGUUUCACUGAGACCAUUGGGAGGCCUCCAGAGCUUCCUGGAUGGAUAAUAUCAGGUGCGGUUGUAGGGAUGCAAGGUGGGACCAAUAUCGUAAGAAAAAUCUGGGAUGAGCUAAAAGCUCAUGAAGUUCCCAUUUCUGCAUUUUGGUUGCAGGAUUGGGUAGGGCAGAGAGAAACAGUAAUUGGAUCACAGUUGUGGUGGAACUGGGAAGUUGACGCAACAAGAUACUCUGGAUGGAAACAAUUAAUUAAAGAUCUUGGAGCUCGGCAUAUAAAAGUAAUGACAUACUGCAAUCCCUGCCUAGCACCGACUGAUGAGAAGCAGAACAGAAGGAGAAAUCUUUAUGAGGAAGCAAAGGCGUUGGGGAUCUUGGUAAAGAAGAAAAAUGGAGAACCCUACAUGGUUCCCAACACAGCUUUUGAUGUGGGAAUGUUGGAUCUUACGCACCCAAAUACUUCCAGUUGGUUCAAGGAAAUUCUACAAGAAAUGGUGGAUGAUGGUGUGAGAGGAUGGAUGGCUGAUUUCGGCGAAGGCUUGCCUGUAGAUGCCACCCUCUAUUCAGGUGAAGAUCCUAUUACUGCGCAUAAUAGAUAUCCAGAAAUAUGGGCGCAGAUUAACAGAGAAUUUGUAGAUGAAUGGAAAAGUAAGCUUGUUGGUAAGGAGAAAGAAGACCCACAAGAGGCCUUAGUUUUCUUCAUGAGAGCUGGUUUCAGAAACAGUCCCAAAUGGGGGAUGCUAUUUUGGGAAGGUGACCAAAUGGUAAGUUGGCAAGCCAAUGAUGGGAUAAAGAGUGCUGUUACUGGCCUUUUGAGCAGUGGACUUUCGGGCUAUGCUUUUAAUCACAGUGAUAUAGGAGGGUACUGCGCAGUAAAUUUACCGUUCAUCAAAUACCGAAGAAGUGAGGAGCUGCUUCUACGAUGGAUGGAGUUAAAUGCCUUUACCACUGUUUUCAGAACCCAUGAAGGAAACAAACCAUCCUGCAACAGCCAAUUCUACUCAAACAAUCGAACAUUGUCGCAGUUUGCUCGCUUUGCUAAGGUCUAUAGUGCUUGGAAGUUUUAUAGAAUCCAACUUGUGAAGGAAGCCGCUCAAAGAGGCCUACCUGUAUGCCGCCACCUAUUUGUUCACUACCCAGAAGAUGAGUACGUGCUUACAUUAGGUCACCAGCAGUUUUUAGUUGGUUCUGAGAUCCUAGUUGUGCCAGUCCUUGACAAAGGCAAGAACUAUGUCAAAGCCUACUUUCCUUUAGAUGACAGUUCUUCAUGGCAACAUAUAUGGACAGGGGAGGUAUAUGCUAAACUCGGUUGCGAAAUUAAGGUAGACGCUCCAGUUGGCUAUCCAGCUGUGUUUAUCAAGGUUGGCUCCAUUGUAGGGGAAACCUUCAUUAGAAACCUGAAAAUGUUCAACAUUCUUUAAGAAAGCGGCCCUUAAAACUGGGGGUAGCUCACUAUUCAUUGAAUUUUAAUCUAGGUUACAUUUUUCCCCUAAA